AUGAAUACAAUAGAUCCAAAGUUUACUAUGACUAGUAGAAGAGCAUUAAGUCGUACAACAAUUCCACGUUUAUAUAAUACAAUGAAUGAUGAAUUGAAGAAGUUUUGUCAUGCUUUCGUUGACAAUGAAUUAAAAUCUUAUGUAUUAUGCUUUUUACCUUUACACGGCAGUCAUACUGCUAAUUUGUUAUUAGAAACUUAUGAAAAUAUUGUUAGUAUGUUUAAUAUACAAACCAAAUUAGUUCGCUUAGUGACAGAUAAUGCGGCAAACAACAUUAAAGCAUUUGAAACUUUAAUAAUACCUGGUUUUGAGCAUUAUUUUGAUAUUGAAGAUGACGAUAAUGAUGAAAAUGGAAGUGAUGUUGAUUUAGAUGGUUUUAGUGAUGAUGAUGAUCAUGAUGAAUCUGCUGUUCCAGUUAUAAAUAUCAACGAUUCAAAUAUGAUCGAAUUAAUUAAAAAUAGUUUUGAUAAUGUUGCUGCAAAUAAUGAAUCAUUACGCAUACCAUGUUUUGCUCAUACUAUUCAAUUGGUAGUAAAUGAUGGUUUAAAACAAGUUUCAUCAAUUGAAUCUGAUUUAUCAAAAGUAUCAAAAAUAGCUAAAUUAUCUCAUACCAGUACUGCUUUUGCAGAGAAACUAGAAAAUACUGGAAAAUCAAUACCUAAAGCUAAUAAAACAGGUUGGAACAGCCAAUUCAAUACAGUUGAAAAAAUUUUACGUAUACCACCAUCAGAAUUAAAUGAAAUGUUAAUUUUAGUUAAACGUAAAGAUCUUUGUUUACUUACUAAAGAUUAUCAGAUGUUAAAUGAAUUUGUAUCAUUAUUAACUUUAUUUGCUGAUGCAACAACAAUUACUCAAGCUGAAAAUACACCAUCAAUUUCAUUUAUUGCGCCUACCGUAUUAGCAAUUUAUUAUGAUUUAGUAAAUGAACAAUCAAAUGUCUUCUAUACAUCAUCAUUAUGUCAUACUAGGGUUGCACCGGUUCCGGUUUUAACCGAUACCGGUUCCGGUUUUAGAACCGAAACCGAUGGAACCGAUUGGAACCGGAACCGGAACCGGUAAGAACCGAUAAGAACCGGAACCGGAACCGAUAAGAACCG